AUGAUCUUGGCUCUGUCGGUCGUUGGGUCGGCCAGCCUGCCACUGCUUCUGCUUCUGCCUCUGCCAGAUCCCCGGAGGAUUCUUGCCUUUGCACUUGCACCAUCUUGCCUACGAUGUCGCCAUCCUAAACUCUUCCCUCUAUACAACCUCACCUCACCUCACACCCCGCACAACCGCCACCAUGCGAAUACUCCUCGCAUUGUGCCUCUUCCUCGUCUCUAUCACCGCCUCCCCCCUCUACGGCUACGCGCUGCCCUUCCCCCCCUCCGACCCCCGAAACCCGACACCUCGCCGUUCUACCCAUGGCGCUCCCGCAUCGCCAGCGCGGCCAACCACGUCGACCGCACAACCCUAUACGGGCUGGCCCGACAAGCCCAUGACCAGGGGCAACCCAACUUCGCACACUACGUGCAACACUUCCUCUCCAACACGGGCGCCGAAGCCACCGUCCCGGUCGACGAAAUGAUGCAAGCGAUGCCGCAGUUCCGGGCCCAAGUGCACCAGCUCGCCGAAUUCAAAGCGCGGCUGGCCUACCGCUCCCUCGUCAUGGGCGGACACGGCGCGGUCACCUUCACCAGCUUCUGGCACGAAUACACGGCCACCAGCGAGCAGAGCUGGGACUGGUAUCUGGCGCUGGGGCGAUUCGUCUUCAGCGUGACGGGGGUGGUGCGGAUGGAUGAGGCGGAUCGCGUCGCGGGGACAGCCACGGUGCAGUACACGGUGCAUGUGUUCGAUUACUGCGACUGGGAUGGCGGGCGCGAUCUGAUUAUCGGACCGUUUCGGUUCCAGGAGCACGAGAUGGGUGUCCUCCAGGUGGUGGGACUGGGGAGGGAGUUCAAGAUUCGCGGGUCGAGUCAGUCGCAGAUCGUGGAAGGCUUCGUGCCCGGGAAUGAGUUCCCGUUGCCCGGCUCGGGGUAG